CGGGGUCAAAACCGCCAAGGGACCUAUUGUGACCGGUUUUGUAAGUUGGGGGACGCCGGAUGUCCAGUUUUGCGGUUGAGGAACGAUUUUGUAUCUGGCUAACAAGUUGAGGGACCUUGCGUGUACUUUUCCCGCGCCAGGGCCUCCCUCCACUCGCAGUCUCCCACGACUGUCGGCCCAAUAGCCGCGGCCCAAUUAAGCACGACGCAUUGUUAGGGUUUCUAGUUUUUUUGUGCAAAUUACAAUCUUACCCCUCCCGGAGAUCUCUACCGAUCGGGGAAAGUCUAGUACUCUGGUAAUGGUACGAGGAAAGAGAAGAGCAACACAAGUAGAGUAGUUGUAGAGGCAUCCACCAUGUCCACUCCUGAAGCUGAAGCUGAAGGUGAAGGUGGAUGCAUCCUCUUCUCCAAGUACAUCGACGACGGCAUCCUCACCCCUCUCCUCUCCAGCCUGCAGGUCAUCGGCGACGCCAAGAGCUUCCGCGGCGCUGAGAGCAGCUCCGACCUCGCUCAGCUCGACAGCAUCCGUGACAUGAUGAGAGAACUCCAAGCUAUCUUUGUCAAGAUGGGCGAGAAUGAGAGGCGCAUCGUCCACCUCUUCGACCCCAUCGAGGAGCUCGUCGACGACGUACUCAAUUCCCUCGCCGCCGGCGGCGAGAUCUCCACGCUCCAGCCGAAGCUCGCCGGUGUCGGAGUACAGAUUGGCAUCAUCAGGGAGGCAAUCUCAGGAUCCUAUAAGAUAAAGAUACAAGAGGAACCAUCUCCGGACAGAGGAAGGGAUGUGGAGGAUUCGGCUUCUGCGCCGACGAUGGCAGGGAUAAGGAGAUGUGUCCGUGACGGCGAGCAGAUGGCGCACCUGCGGCGAGCCGUGCACGGUAUGGAUGAGCAGUUGAGGCAUUGCCUCCUCUGCCUUGCAGCCUUCCCCGAGGGCGCCGUCAUAAAAAAGCGGCUCCUCAUCCACUGGUGGAUCGGCGAAAAGUUCGUGUCAUCCUUGGAGGACGGCAAUGAGUUGUUCCAGCAGCUCGUCGACUUGCGGUUCGUGCGCACAGUCCGCCGCCGGGGGCACUGCGACACCGCCCACGCGUGCACCGUGCACCCGUGGAUCCGCAGGAUGCUCGUGGCCGUUGCAAGGAGCAGCGCGUUCUUGGAGAUUGAUCCGGAUGGCAAUGGCGCCUCCGCCUCAAACAACGAUUUCUCUAGGACGCACCGCGCAUGCCUGCACGAUGGCGGGCUGCUCCAGGGCUCCAGGUUCCACCCGCAGCUCUCCACGAUCUACAACGUUGGCCAGAGCUAUGUCAAGCUGAGCACCGCGUGGUUCACCUACAGAUCGCAACUCGGCACGGUGCAGCUCGGGCAGUGGCGGGUGGCUGACCCAGUCGACCAGAUUGCCUAUCCAAGGAAGAGCCACAUCGAGCUGAUCGACGACCACCACCUCAAGGGGAUCGGGGCGUGCAAGAACCUGAGGUACCUCAGCUUGAGAGGCAUAUCGAGAAUUAUGGCCAUCCCGGCUGCCAUUGGAGAACUGGCCGAGCUGGUCGUGUUGGAUCUCAGGGCGUGCCACGAUCUGCAGGUGCUGGCAAAGGAGAUCACCAAGCUGCAGAAGCUCCAGUAUCUGGAUGUCUCCGAGUGCUACCUGCUCGUUGAUAUGCCCGAGGGAUUCAACAAGAUGUCUCAGCUCCAAGUCCUCAAAGGGUUUUUGGUAGUAAACUCUAACAAAAGAAACACCUGCAAUCUGGGCGAGUUGGUAAGCUUGAGCAACCUUCGCAAACUUAGCAUCAGUGUUAGCAAGAAACUGAAGCGUGCAGAAGAUGAGCUGAAAGUGCUUGCCAAUUUUGCCAGUCUCGCAUCACUGAAGAUUACAUGGGGAAUGGUAUCUCCACGAGAUGCUGCCGACGAAUCAGAUGCUGCAAAAUUUAACCUUGUUCUUCCCUCUAAUCUUUCAAAGCUGGAUCUCUACUGCUUCCCGUCGAGACAAUUUGGGACGAUUAGUUCUGACAGUUUAAAGAAACUGUAUUUUACUGGUGGGAAGUUGCAUAGUCUGGAAAUUCAGAAUGGGGAGUGCAAAGUAGAGGUGCUGCGCUUGAGAUGCCUCAAGGAUCUGCAGUUUUGUUGGGAGGAAUUGCGUGAACUGUAUCCAAUGCUGGAGUUUGUCGAAGCUCAGCACUGCUCAGGAGUAGCUAAUUGGCCGCUAGACAACAAUAAAGUAUGGACGAAGGAUGCUGAAACCAGUAAUGCUGCUUCUGCACAGUCUGAAGAACCAACUGCGCCUGAUGUUUGUCCUGAAAUUGUGGAAGAGGGAUAAAAGCAAAAACAUAGUUAAGCCGGUGUGUUUUUUUAGAGAGAACUGCCGGUGUGUAAGUUAAGCCAUGCAAGGUGACUUUUAAAAAACUAGCUGGGUGGUCCGCGCAAUUCUGCGGCUAGCACCCAAACAAAAUCAUAUAUUUUUUUAGUAUGAUUUUACUUAAAAUUUAUUAAAUAUCUAUGUCGUUGUCUUAAGAUUUUGAAAAUCCAAAUCUUAUCAUCCCUAUAUUUCUAA